AUGACGAAGGCUGUCGAAAAUGUGCUCACACAAUUUAAGGAGAGGUUUGGCAGAUACCCAAAAAACGGCUCAAUUCGACGAUGGAAAGGAAUUUUACAUGUAGGAGUAAAGACAUUGCUAAAGGAUCAUGAUGUCCACUACUUUUCCACAAGAACCUUCCGGAAAGCCGCACUCGUCGAGAGAUUCAAUAGAACUUUAAAAACAAGGAUGUGGAAAUACUUUACGGAAAACAGGACGAAAGUUUGGGUGGACAUCUUACCUGCUCUAGUUAGAUCCUAUUAUAAAUCCACACGCAGAACAAUAGGAAUGAGACCAGCGGAUGUGAAUGAGGAAAAUAAGGACGAAGUUUGGACAAGGAUUUAUGGAUAUCCACUAAGCAGUUUUCCAAAUCCCAAAUUCAAGGUUGGGGAUCAUGUCAGGGUGGAAAUAAAGCACAAGAACUUUGAAAAGGGAUAUGAACCCAAUUUUGACAACGAAGUAUAUGUCAUUACAGCGGUGUUUCGGGGAGAUCCGAACAUGUACAGCCUCAAGGAUCCGGAGGACGGGGAGGACAUUUUGGGAAGGUACUAUGAACAAGAAUUAUCUUUAGACUAA